AUGAGUGCUAAACAUACAAUUGAUCAGGUUCAACAACUGCAAGGAAAAGGGAUGAUAAAACAAAUCUAUGAUUAUCUGAGAGGGGAGAAGCUCAGACCUGAAUGGAGGUGUCUCAUGUUUAAGAAUGCAGCUAGGCCAAAAGCUUACUUCACUCUGUGGAUCAUGUUGAAUAGAAAGCUAGCAACAGUUGAUAGGCUUGCUAAAUGGGGAAUGUUACUUAAUAAAGCUUGUGUCUUAUGCAAAAGUGUUGAUGAGAGCAUAGAACAUAUAUUUAUCCAAUGUCACUAUGCUAGGAAGGUUUGGGAGAGGUUAUUAAACUGGAUUGAUAAUCACAGUAGAUGUUCAAUGACAUGGAGUCAGUUUAUGCAAUGGAGUAUUCAACAUGGGAAGGGGAAGACUACAGGUGCACAACUAUUCAAGAGUAUACUAGCUGAAGGAGUUUAUGGAUUGUGGAAUGAGAGAAACAAGAGAAUUUUUUAA